GUUAGAACCGCCAUUUUGAUAACUUUGUUGGAGAUGCAGCGAGGUUGAGAUGCCUGUGCCAGGAAAGAGAAAAUCCCCAAAAGAUAUUGCCCUUCAGUGGGUUGAGAAAGGCGACCCAGAUGGAUUUUCUAUAGACAUGUAUGGCUUUAAAGGCAGAGGUAUAAAGACUCUUAUAGGAAGGGACCGUGGUGAAUUCCUCUUGCACUAUACUGGAGAGAAGAUUUCAGGGGACGAAGGCGAACGAAGAGAAAGACGUAAAUCAACUGGAUACCGUUUUUUCUUUGAUAGUAAUGGCCAAAAGUUAUGUGUGGAUGCAUCAAAGGAGUCUGGUAGAUUGGGAAGAUUAGUAAAUCAUGGAAAUAAGAAAGAAGCAAACUCCAUCAUGAAACAUGUUGAUGGGCAUUUGUUCCUUUUUGCUUUAAGGAACAUUAAAGCAGGAGAAGAGCUUUUGUAUGACUAUGGAUUGAAAGAUCUUCCUUGGAUGAAGGACCCAGCGACUUUCACCACCUCCAAGGGUUCCAAAAACAAGAAGGGAGAAAGGAAAGUUAAGAAAAGGGAAGAGUGUGAGGGUGAUGAUGGGGACAACAAUCGUAAUAACCCAGGAAUUAACACCUUAGAACAGAUGGCAAACCAACUGGCCUCUGGGGAUAUCAUCGAUGCACCACCAGAGACCCGGGCAGUUGAUAACCUGGAUGAUAACUUGGAUGGGAAGAAUGUGAGUGAUGAGGCAGUACCUAAGAGCAUGCACGAGCUCAAUAAUGCAGCCAAGACUAUGGCCAUGUCAGAGGAACCGGAGAAGCCAGAGAAUGAGAGGACAAAUCACUUCUACAGCUAUGUCAAGGACCCAGCGACUUUCACCACCUCCAAGGGUUCCAAAAACAAGAAGGGAGAAAGGAAAGUUAAGAAAAGGGAAGAGUGUGAGGGUGAUGAUGGGGACAACAAUCGUAAUAACCCAGGAAUUAACACCUUAGAACAGAUGGCAAACCAACUGGCCUCUGGGGAUAUCAUCGAUGCACCACCAGAGACCCGGGCAGUUGAUAACCUGGAUGAUAACUUGGAUGGGAAGAAUGUGAGUGAUGAGGCAGUACCUAAGAGCAUGCACGAGCUCAAUAAUGCAGCCAAGACUAUGGCCAUGUCAGAGGAACCGGAGAAGCCAGAGAAUGAGAGGACAAAUCACUUCUACAGCUAUGUCAAGGACCCAGCGACUUUCACCACCUCCAAGGGUUCCAAAAACAAGAAGGGAGAAAGGAAAGUUAAGAAAAGGGAAGAGUGUGAGGGUGAUGAUGGGGACAACAAUCGUAAUAACCCAGGAAUUAACACCUUAGAACAGAUGGCAAACCAACUGGCCUCUGGGGAUAUCAUCGAUGCACCACCAGAGACCCGGGCAGUUGAUAACCUGGAUGAUAACUUGGAUGGGAAGAAUGUGAGUGAUGAGGCAGUACCUAAGAGCAUGCACGAGCUCAAUAAUGCAGCCAAGACUAUGGCCAUGUCAGAGGAACCGGAGAAGCCAGAGAAUGAGAGGACAAAUCACUUCUACAGCUAUGUCAAGGACCCAGCGACUUUCACCACCUCCAAGGGUUCCAAAAACAAGAAGGGAGAAAGGAAAGUUAAGAAAAGGGAAGAGUGUGAGGGUGAUGAUGGGGACAACAAUCGUAAUAACCCAGGAAUUAACACCUUAGAACAGAUGGCAAACCAACUGGCCUCUGGGGAUAUCAUCGAUGCACCACCAGAGACCCGGGCAGUUGAUAACCUGGAUGAUAACUUGGAUGGGAAGAAUGUGAGUGAUGAGGCAGUACCUAAGAGCAUGCACGAGCUCAAUAAUGCAGCCAAGACUAUGGCCAUGUCAGAGGAACCGGAGAAGCCAGAGAAUGAGAGGACAAAUCACUUCUACAGCUAUGUCAAGGACCCAGCGACUUUCACCACCUCCAAGGGUUCCAAAAACAAGAAGGGAGAAAGGGAAGAGUGUGAGGGUGAUGAUGGGGACAACAAUCGUAAUAACCCAGGAAUUAACACCUUAGAACAGAUGGCAAACCAACUGGCCUCUGGGGAUAUCAUCGAUGCACCACCAGAGACCCGGGCAGUUGAUAACCUGGAUGAUAACUUGGAUGGGAAGAAUGUGAUUGAUGAGGCAGUACCUAAGAGCAUGCACAAGCUCAAUAAUGCAGCCAAGACUAUGGCCAUGUCAGAGGAACCGGAGAAGCCAGAAAAUGAGAGGACAAAUCACUUCUACAGCUAUGUCAAGGACCCAGCGACUUUCACCACCUCCAAGGGUUCCAAAAACAAGAAGGGAGAAAGGAAAGUUAAGAAAAGGGAAGAGUGUGAGGGUGAUGAUGGGGACAACAAUCGUAAUAACCCAGGAAUUAACACCUUAGAACAGAUGGCAAACCAACUGGCCUCUGGGGAUAUCAUCGAUGCACCACCAGAGACCCGGGCAGUUGAUAACCUGGAUGAUAACUUGGAUGGGAAGAAUGUGAGUGAUGAGGCAGUACCUAAGAGCAUGCACAAGCUCAAUAAUGCAGCCAAGACUAUGGCCAUGUCAAAGGAACCGGAGAAGCCAGAGAAUGAGAGGACAAAUCACUUCUACAGCUAUGUCAAGGACCCAGCGACUUUCACCACCUCCAAGGGUUCCAAAAACAAGAAGGGAGAAAGGAAAGUUAAGAAAAGGGAAGAGUGUGAGGGUGAUGAUGGGGACAACAAUCGUAAUAACCCAGGAAUUAACACCUUAGAACAGAUGGCAAACCAACUGGCCUCUGGGGAUAUCAUCGAUGCACCACCAGAGACCCGGGCAGUUGAUAACCUGGAUGAUAACUUGGAUGGGAAGAAUGUGAUUGAUGAGGCAGUACCUAAGAGCAUGCACGAGCUCAAUAAUGCAGCCAAGACUAUGGCCAUGUCAGAGGAACCGGAGAAGCCAGAAAAUGAGAGGACAAAUCACUUCUACAGCUAUGUCAAGGUUUCAAAGAAAUAUGUGUCCAAGGCAGUUGCCCAGGAGAUCCAUGAGAAGGCAUUGCCAUUCAUUAGGAAACUGCAGGAGGCUGAUGAGAAGAGGGACAAUGACAACAAAGAUGAAGUCGAGGAAAAUGUUGGGGCUCAGUUAGUGCACUUAAAGGAGGUGUAGAGAUUGGAACGUUUCCCAUGUAUUCAACAGUAUUGGCAAUGGGAAGUGCUAAUACAAAUGACAUUAGAGUGAAAACAGCUUCACUGCAUGAAGUUUUAAUAGAAGUCAAUUGGCAGGGCCAGAUUUUUUUGGUUGAUGCACGAACAAGCAGUGUUAGAACCCUUAAGAACAAUGACCU